AGAUGGCGAAGCGCGUGGCCAACAUCCUGCGGGUGGUCCUGAGCCUGCAGCAGGGGGAGGCCCCCCUGGUCCAGCUGGUGCCCCACAUCAGCCGUCUGCCCAUGCCUGAGGACUACACCCUGGAGGAGCUGAGGGGUCUGACCCAGUCCUACCUGAGACAGCUGCUGGUGAGCCACUGAGACCAGACCUCUGACAGGACUGGGACCUGGUGUCACUAAUCCAGAUUAAUUAAUCCUGAUGGGUCUGAACCUGUCAGAGAAGAUUAAAACUUUAAAUUCUUU